AUGGCGUCCCAUGAUGCCAUCACCACCGCCACCGCCGCCCCCGCCGCCGCCGUGCCAGAGGUGGCGCCUGUGUUUCAUCCCACAGUGUGGGGCGACUUCUUCAUCAACUAUAAUCCAGAACCGUUACAGAUGUCAGAGGAAAGGAUGACAGAGAGGUCCAAUCAACUGAAGGAGAAAAUAAUUGGGUUAUUUCCGUGCAGUACCAUAGUUGAGCAACUGUACCUUGUAGACACACUCCAACACCUGAGCGUAGAUCAACAUUUUCAUGAACAAAUUGACUCCACAUUAAGAAGCACUCAUGCUGGUGAAUUCAAUAGCUCUAGCCUUCAUGAUGUCGCCCUUCGGUUCCGCAUACUGAGGCAGCAAGGCUUUUGGGUUUCUCCAGAUGUAUUCAGCAAGUUCAAAGACGAAGAUGGGGCCUUCCAUGUUAACGUAACUAACGACCCAAGGGGGCUAUUAAGUCUAUACAAUGCAGCACACCUUUUUAUCCAUGGGGAGACAGAACUUGAAGAAAGCAUCUCGUUUGCAAGGCGGCACCUCGAAUCGAUGGAAGGUAGGCUUGAGUACCCAUUGGCAGAGCAAGUCAGGCGCGCCCUUCACUUACCACUGCCAAGGACCUUGAAGAGAGUCGAGGCGCUGCAUUAUAUGUCAGAGUACAAACAAGAGCUGAUGCACAACUCCUCCAUUCUGGAGUUCGCCAAACUGGACUUCAACCUUCUGCAACGUCUCCACUUGAAGGAGCUCAAGGCUCUCUCUAGAUGGUGGAAAAAUCUUUACAGAGAAGUGGGGCUAAACUACUCGCGGGACCGCGUGGUUGAGUGCUACUUCUGGGCGUAUACGACAUACUACGAGAAAGAGUAUACACAUGCAAGGAUGAUUCUCGCUAAGAUAAUCGCAAUAAUAAUAAUGACAGAUGACACUUACGAUGUCCGUGCUACUUUGGUUGAGUGUAAACAGCUCAAUGAAGCUAUACAAAGAUGGGAGGAGAAUGCUACUUCUCUUCUACCAGAGUACUUGCAGAAGUUCUACCUCAAGCUCAUGAGCACCUUCAAGGAGUUUGAGGACGAAUUGAAACCGGAUGAGAAGUACCGGGUCGCUUUUAGCACAAAAGCGUUUCAAAUAUUAUCAAACAACUAUCUCCAAGAAGCCGAAUGGUUUCAUCAAAAUCACAAGCCAAGAUUUAAUGAUCAAGUGAAGGUAUCUAGUGUGUGCUCAGGCGGGCCAUGGGUAUGUGUUGGGUUGCUAGUUGGUAUGAGCGAUACUGCAACCAAGGAGGCACUGGAAUGGGCCCUCGGCUGCACUGAUGCUGUCAGAGCUUGUGCAGAGGUGACACGUUUCAUGAAUGAUCUUGCUUCCUUUAAGCGUGGAAAGAACAAAAAUGAUGUGGCCAGCUCCGUGGAAUGCUACAUCAGUGAGCACGGCGUGGCGAGUGAGGUCGCCAUUGCCAAGAUAGGUUCUCUGAUUGAAGAUGCAUGGAAGACUACGAACCAAGCACGCUUUGAGCUCCCUGAGCUGCUGCUUCCGGCUGUGCAGCGAGUCGCAAACAUAACGAUCAGCAUGCCCUUCAUGUAUGAUGACAAGACGGAUGCUUUUACGUUCAGCAGCCGUCUUGAGGGGACGAUUAAGCGACUGUUUGUCAAUCCUAUUGACUUCUAGACAUGAGGAUGUGGUAUAUGAGUGUCCAUGAAAUCAUCCACUGACAGAAGCGCCAGCACCCCCGUGCUAAUGAAAGAUAUAUCAGGACACUUCCAAUCUGCUGCACCUUGGCUUGAUCAUUAUCUUUGUGAAAUUUGUACUAUGAAUGCAAUAAGGCUUGCAUUAUUUGCUAUUACUUUAAAUGCAACAAAAAGUAGUUUUAGUUUUCUUAUCAGGCUUACUGUGCAUUAGUUGGUGUGUAUUUGGAUUGUAAUCAUCAGUCGACUAAUUUUCAUUUCAGUCUAAGUCGAUUUUUCUGUCCAAUGAGGCAAUGACACAUCUUUUCAUUUGUUUUUGAGUGUGGUCCGUUACAAAAAUCAACUGAUUUCAAUGCUGGUCUCAGUCGAAUUUGGGUUGCUGGACCGUUCACCCCACCCAUGUGGGAACACCCCACCCACCCAGUACGUAAAAACGCUCAGCAGAUGAAAAUUGCUAUGGUGACUGGACAUUUCUGGAGAAAAAGAAGUAUUGGUUCAGAAUUGCUAAUAAGGUGCAGAUUGACACUAAAAUCAACUACUGGGACUAUACUUGAAAUCAGCAAAAUAAGGCUUCAAGUUUGUCUGAACACAAAACAAACAUUACUUUCAGCUGCUGUGUACAGAACUAGAUAGGACAACACUGACUGUGACCCUUCAAAAAACAACACUUGACUGCUGCUUUCAAAAUAAUCGACGAUAAAAAUCGAGGGAAACAAUAAUUGACUAAGCAUUGCCUAUCUGGUUCUACACAUGGUUCACAUAGUCCUACAGAAAAAAAAAGACACAACCAUGUGAGCUACAGUUUCAGAGCCAAGAAAAAGAUGAGCAGUUUUAGCAUAGAAGAAAAAAAGAGAGACUCAAAAGGUGAAAAAGAAAAUUGCAGUUUCAGACUAAGGCCUAGCUAACAGAAAUUGUAUAGGUCUGUUUUGUCUGAAUAUUCCUAAGUACUCCCUCUGUAAAGAAAUAUAAGA